ACCAGAAGAAGAAAAAGCACCCGCCUACUCCAGCUCUGAAAUCCUGCUCACUUCCUCUAAAUUACUUUAAAAUAAGUGACAUGGCACCGUUCUGAAUGAUGCUGAACUUCACUCGGGUUCCUGCUUUCAGCCUGUAGGCGGACCGAAUGUCCGUAGAGCUGAAUUGAGAAAGGAAAAGAACCCCAUUUGGCACAAUGGCGACAUCAGAGAAAGCUGUACCUACAUCAUUCAUGGAGCCUUUCAAAGACGUUCUGGUGAAUUAUUUAAUGCCGGAAAAAUGCUACGACGAAUUCUUCCUGGAUUUCAAUUUUCUGCAUGUGGACUGUCUGAAGAUAAUAAUUAGCAAAGGUUUAGGCAUUGGAAUCAUCCUUGGCUCUGUACUUGUGAAAUUGCCUCAGAUCUUGAAAGUGAUUGGUGCUAAAAGUGCGGAAGGAUUGAGUUUUAAAUCUGUGAUGCUGGAGCUGCUUGCCAUCACUGGCACUAUGGCCUACAGUAUCGCCAAAGGUUUUCCCUUCAGUGCCUGGGGUGAAGCAUUAUUCCUCAUGUUGCAGUCAGUGACUCUUGCAUUUCUCAUUCAGCAUUAUAAAGGAAGCACUGUUAAAGGAUUGACCUUUCUCGUCAUCUAUUUUGGUCUCCUGGCUGUCCUUAUUUCUCCUCUCACCCCCAUGUCUGUUGUAACGACAAUGCAAGCCUCCAACAUGCCAGCUAUAAUUUUUGGAAGGCUCAUUCAGGCAAGUAUCAACUAUAGGAACGGCCACACAGGACAGCUGUCGGCUAUUUCUGUGUUCCUGCUGUUUGCUGGUUCCCUGGCACGUAUAUUCACUACAGUGCAGGAGACAGGUGACUCCCUGAUGGUUCUUUCUUAUAUCAUUUCAUCAAGCUGUAAUGGCCUGAUCACUGCUCAGAUUCUGUAUUACUGGAAUGUCAGUCCAGAAAUGAAGAAGAAGGCUGAGUAAACCUGCCACAAGACACUGAGGAGCCAAGGCUCCUAGUGGUCCAUGUAACUUGCUGCUUUGCUCAACUUGUAUGAAAUCUACUUGUAAUUUUGGAAUGAAAUCAUUUUAAGUGGUUUUAGAUGUUGAUCUCCUGUUGAGAUCAGUUGUUUAAAACAGCAGGUUUCACUGUGUUGCUACAUAUACUCUUUAAGCAAGUAGUGAGUGGAGACAUACUGUAGGACCAAAAAAGAGAAUUUGAACAGGGGACCCCUUAUCUCAAUGAUUGAUGAUAUUUCCAUUUACUGUAUGAGAUAAUAGGCUGCAAUGCCUAUUCUGCCCAGCUUUCCUAAUUUUCUUUAUACAUUUCCUUAGCUCAGGGAAAGGAGAAAUUGAUAUUUUAGAAACCUAUUCACCAUGGGAAUUCCUUUUACUGUUUGUUGCAUUCAUUGUUUUAUAUUCCUUGAUUAUAGAUGUCCUGAUUCAUUCUAGUUGCUGCUAGACAAAUGAAAACAAUGGCCGGAUAAAAAAUUUGCAAAGUGUUAAUGGAUUGCUGAGUGGAAAGCCCUUUGCACUUUGUCUUAACAUGCCUAUUUUUCUGUAUUGACGGAUGAACAAAGUGGUGAGUUGAGAAAAUUGAUCGAUUGGAAUUGUUUUAGUUUGUCUGCUAAAAUGUUUAAACACUAUUUGCUUUUUUAGUUGAACCUUCUCAAUUUAUUCAGUUAAACUACUGGAUACAAUCAAUUCUACAGUCAGUCCAUAGAUCCUAUUUUCUCUUUCUUUGUCCACCCCAAGUCAGUGGGUCCACCACCAUAUACUGUGGACUCAUCUUCUGAAAUAAAAAUGUAAUUAACCCAAA